AUGGAUCUCAUUCUCAAACGUCUCUGGGCGCAAGUGCUGGAUGCGAUGGAGGAUCAUCUCGAAGACGACGACAAAUUCUUUGAGAUUGGAGGAAACUCAAUCAAUGCUGUACGGCUUGCCGAAGCUACCGAGGAGAUGGGCUAUGCCUUAACUGUGUCGGACCUUUAUCGCCAUCCAGAGCUUUCGCAGAUGUCCAGCAUACUCAAACCUAGUCACGGAACCCCUUCGCAAGACGCAGAUCCGGCUCCUUUUGAGCUUCUUGCGAAGGGAAAUGAUCUGCAUGGAACUUUAGCACGCCUCAGCACGAUCCUCAGGGUCUCUAAAGUGUCUAUUGAGGAUGUUUACCCGUGUACAGCGCUACAGGAAGGAUUGAUGGCCCUCUCCAUGAGGUCCUCAGGAAGCUACAUACUCCAAUACACCUUCCGAUUCCCUGUCAAUCUAAACACUGCGCGUUUACAAGAGGCCUGGGAAAAGGUCUUGGCCAGUAGUGAUGUGCUUCGCGCGCGAAUAGCUCGCCUCGAUGACCCUGUCGGCCUCUUCCAGGUAAUCCUCAAGCCUCCAAUCGAAUGGCAGAGUGCUAGCGGACUUGAGGCUUAUUUAGCGGCCGAUGCGAGAAUGUCAACCCUCUGA